AUGUCAGACGGAAUACAAUACAGAUUAAAGCCCGGUGAAGUGGAUUUGGGCACUACAAUUAUGGCAGUACAAUUCGCAGAUGGUGUAAUUGUAGGAGCAGAUUCACGAACUACUACAGGCUCAUAUAUUGCAAAUCGAGUGACAGACAAACUGACGGCUAUACAUGAUACUAUAUUUUGCUGUCGAUCUGGAAGUGCUGCUGAUACUCAAGCCAUUGCAGAUAUUGUACAUUACUAUCUGCAGAUAUACUCAGUCCAGCACAAUGAAGCACCAAAAGUGAGUACUGCUGCAACUCUCUUCCAAAACAUGGUCUACUCCAACAAGGACGCCUUGUCUGCUGGUAUCAUUGUUGCUGGAUAUGAUCCUAUUGAAGGACCAUCAGUAUGGUCUAUUCCAUUGGGUGGAUCUCUACACAAACAGCCAUUUGCCAUUGGUGGUUCAGGAAGUUCAUACAUUUAUGGAUACUGUGAUGCUCAUUGGAAAGAUAACAUGAGUCUUGAAGAUGCUACCCAAUUCAUCAAGAAUUCUGUUGCGUUGGCCAUGUCGCGUGAUGGAUCAUCUGGCGGUGUUAUAAGAUUGGCAAUCAUCACAAAAUCUGGUGUUGAACGAGUGUUUGUGCCAGGAAACAAACUGCCAACCUUUUGGGAAGGCUAA